GAUGGUAAAAAUAUGACGUUGCAGGACUGGACUGAAAGAGUGCGAAGUGCACUUAGAAUGUGUAACCUGACUUCCGAGCUGUGGGCAGAGGUUGCAUUGGGGGCUCUAGAGGGUGACGGCAGACGGACAGUGAUGAUAAGGUCCGAAUCUGAGAGAGACACCCUAGAGAAAAUAUUCUCCCUGCUGGAAAGAGCCCAAGGGGGGCGUGCUAAAGUAGUGCAGCUGCGGAGCCAUUUCUUCAACCGACCACAGCAAGAGGGCGAGACCCUGAUGCAGUACUCCAAUGCACUACAGGAGACACUAAAUGAAAUACUGCGGCGAGAUCCAGAGGCCAUGGGAGCUUUCCGGGAGGUGGACCGGCUACUACGAGACCAGUUCAUAGUGGGGCUCUCCAACAAGUUCUUACAGGACAAAUUGCAAGAGAUGACCCGGACAGCGCCCAACAUGACAUUCUACAGCAUCUACAUAGCCGCCGUGGAGAGAGAGGAAGAGUGCAUACCUGUGGUGGCAAGAAUAGUGAGUAGUAGCCAUGCUACAAGAGGUCAG